AUGAUGAUCAUGGCCAACAAAUUAUAUCUGGUGGCCGUGCUCGUAGCGAGCUACGCGGCGCUGUCGUCGGCCAGGACAUUCACCGUCGGUGACGACCAGGGCUGGAUGAGCGGCAUCGACUACACCGACUGGACCAGCGGCAAGACGUUCGCGGUCGGAGACAAACUACUUUUCAGCUACGGCAGCCAGUAUCACACGGUGACGGAGGUGAGCAAGAGCGGCUACUACACCUGCUCCGGGAGCAACGCGCUGAGCGACGACAGCAGCGGCUGGACCGUCGUCACGCUCACGGCGCCCGGCACGCGCUACUUCAUCUGCAACAUCCCCGGCCUCUGCAGCAGCGGCAUGAAGCUGUCCGUCACCGUUGCCGAGAGCGGCCCCGUGCCAUCGGGCGCUACCAGGGGCACCCUGGUUCCGGCCAUGGGCUCUGUGGUCGUCGCCGUGGCCACGGGGGCUCUGGUCAAGCUCGCACUGUUCUGA